AUGGAUCGCGCGUCAACAGCACCACCAUCGAAGAAACGCGCCCGGUCGCCGGAAUCGCCCGUUUUGGAACGCGAGGACCGGAAGAGUAAAUCGGACAUUGAGAACGCGGAUACUCGGGAGAGAAAGGACAAGAAGAGGCGGAGGAAGAGGCAGCGCAAGAUGUCCGUCGUCGAGGAACGCGAGGGCGGCCCAAAACCAUUAUCGACCUCGUCGUCGCGCGCGUCGUUCACACGGUCGGUGACGUUUGACGGCGUCUCGGCGCCACCCAGCAAGACGAACGGGAAACAACCAGAAUUCGUCCAAGGAUCCUCAUCUUCGACGCCUGCCUCGCCCCAGCAAGACACUGUGGCGCUUAAGGAAACAAUGGAUACGCAAAAGAAGUCGCUCGACGCACACGGCGCUCUCCUCGGCCUGAUGCUACCCUCCCUGACCUGCCAAAUAUGUCUUGACCUGCUGCACAAGCCGUUUGCGCUGGCGCCCUGCGGUCACAUGGCCUGCUACAACUGCCUCGUCAUGUGGUUUACCACCCCGCCCGCCAACGACAACGUCCACGAGCUCCCUCAAUUCCGCAAGAAAACCUGCCCGCACUGCCGCGCCGUCGUCCGCGAGCGCCCUGCCGAAGUGUGGGCCGUCAAAGAGAUGGUCGCCAACGUCUCCCGGUCCGGUCUAGCGCCACAGUUCCCGCCACCACCCUCGAAUAAGGAAGAGGAAGCCGCGGCGCCGGUCUUACCGGGCCAAGUCGCCGCCGUACGCGAUGCGUGGGCGAAUAUAUUCCCUCCAUUACCUCGAACCGGUGCACCUGUACCCGGUAUGGGCGCGGGUCAGGGUGAAGUGGCUGCGAUGGGGAUGUACGACGCCGAGGACCACGUCUACCGCUGCCUUGACUGCAUGCACGAGAUCUGGGAAGGCUCCUGCGCUCAGUGCGGACGUAUAUACCCUGGCCAUGACGACGUGCUGGGUUUGGGAUCGGAUGACGAAGGCGAGGAAGAUGUUGCGAAUAUAUAUGCCGCGCUGCAUGCGGGUCAUGUCCAAGGCUUCCAUCCUGCACCGGGCUUCCACGCCGCGCCGUUCCUCAGUGACUCGGACGGUGAGGGCAGGUCGGAGGACGAGGAGAGUUAUGAUGGAAGCUUCAUCGACGACGAUGGUGCUCCCGCACCUCCGGGACCGCGUGCGCCGAGAGCGAGACGAGGGAGUACCAUUAGUCUUUCGUCGGAAUCGGAAGGCGAAAGCGAAGUCCGGGCGCUCGGCCGUGGGUGGCGUGUUGGGCGCAGUCCUGCACCUGGGCCGAUCGCUAUUUCCGAUGAGGGGAGCGACGAAGACGACGAUGUGUUGAUGCGGUAUCCUCGUCGUAGACCCGCGCCUCCGGCCCGUCGCUACAAUCUCAUCUCAGACGAUGAAGCAGAUGUUGUCAUUGAAGUUGACAGCCCGGCGAGCACCCAUGCCGCUCUCGAAGAUCCUGCUCCUUCGCGUCGAUCGCGCAGAUAUUUAUUCGAAGAAAGCGAGGAAGAGGAGGAUAAUCUCGAAGAUGACGAUGGCGCUAUCGCUGGGCCUUCCCGUCGCCUUCGGCGCGUCUUUGAUGAAGAAGAUAGUGACGACGACGAAAUGCACAACUCAGGAAGCGACGACGACGGCGCCGUACGCGGUGGAUCGCGUCGAUUGAUGGAUCUGAUGGGCGCCGAAGAGGACGAGGAUGGAGACAGCGAUGAUGAGCGGUUCGGUGGGAGGAGCGAUGACGACGAUGAGAGGCAUGGUGGUGAUUAUGGGCAGUUCGAGGAUGAAGAUGAGGAGUACUAG